UGCCCUUCGUCUCCACGCCCAGACCGUGGCGCUUGCCUUGCGCCCAGUAGCCCAGGUGCGGCUGGCAAUAGCCGAGAAGGCGCUGAAGUGCGAGGAGCACGAUGUAAACCUGCCGCUGAGCGAGCACAACGAGCCGUGGUUCAUGCGCUUGAGUUCCUCCGGAGAAGUACCUGUCCUGAUCCACGGGGAAAACAUCAUUUGUGAGGCAACGCAGAUUAUUGAUUACCUGGAAGCGACGUUUGUAGAUGAGGAAGUACCAAGAUUAAUGCCAGAAGAGGGGAGCAUGUAUUAUCCAAGGGUGCAACACUAUAGAGAGCUUUUAGACUCCUUGCCUAUGGAUGCCUACACACAUGGCUGCAUCCUGCACCCGGAGUUAACAGUGGACUCCAUGAUUCCAGCCUAUGCUACCAGCAGAAUUCGUAGCCAAAUAAGUAACACAGAAUCAGAAUUGAGGAAACUUGCAGAAGAAAAUCCAGACCUUCAAGAUGCCUAUAUUGCGAAACAGAAGCGCCUUAAAUCUAAGCUGCUGGAUCAUGAUAAUAUAAAAUAUCUAAAGAAAAUUCUGGAUGAACUGGAAAAAGUUUUGGAUCAGGUCGAGACUGAAUUGCAGCGUCGAAAUGAGGAAACACCAGAAGAUGGAAAUCAGCCUUGGCUCUGUGGUGAUUUCUUCAGUCUGGCAGACGUAUCACUUGCCGUCACAUUACAUCGCCUGAAGUUUCUGGGAUUAGCAAGGAGAAACUGGGGAAAUGGAAAGCGGCCCAACUUGGAAGCCUAUUAUGAGCGUGUUGUGAAGAGAAAAGCAUUUUACAAAGUUUUGGGACACGUCAACAAUAUAUUAAUCUCAGCUGUUCUGCCAACGGCGUUCCGUGUGGCCAAGAAAAGGGCUCCGAGGGUUCUUGGCACCACCCUGCUGGUCAGCCUCCUGGCGGGAAUGGGUUAUCUUGCUUUCCUGUGUCUUCGGAAGAGGUUUGCCAACAUGAUGUUACCGAUUAGAACCAGGCAAAAUUAUUUUUAGACCUGUCUGGCCCUGGUGGUGAGUGGAAGGCAUCUCUCCACCCCAGGAAAAUACCCCCGAUAAAAUAUAAAUAUAGAUGAAAGAUUAUGCCUGUGAAUUAGAACAUUUUCACACACUAAUCAUCUCCUGCAGUUGUAUAAUUGGGUUGGUAAUGCUGAGAUAUUUUUCAAAAAUGUAUGUUGAGGGGGCAACAAAGGAAAGAAGAGGCUUUCUUUUCAGCCAAGGACCUAUAACUGUGACAGUGCUUUGUUGAAGUGGUUAUCGUCUCCUUUACCCAGUAGCUGACCUAAUUAUAAUGCUUUAAUUUAAUAGAUAUGCAGCAAUGUGAUAGCUUUUCACUGUAGGUGAAAUGCGUUAUUGUGCAGAAACCAGCAUUGUUAAAAUAGAUCUUUAAAUGCUCAGAGUAGAAUUUAAGUGGACUAUUGGCUCUGUACCUGUUGUGUACAGGGGCUAGUUUCUCUGUACUGAUUAAUGUCUGUUGAUUUGCCAUUGGACCUUUAUGAUGUGUUCAAAAGUGAAGCCACUUUUGUCACUGUAUGUUCAUGCAGCAGUACAAGAAAAGACUUAAGACAGGUAAGAACAUCAGUGAGUUGUGGGCCACAUGAGUGAAAUUCUCCAAAGGCAUCACUGGGCAACAGGUACUGGACUUUUGCUGAAAUACAAGUGAGAGUGAUAAACCUGACACUUGUCUUUCAAAAGCCUUUUGGGCUUAGCUGCAAACUGGCAGAAUCAAAUCAAACUAUCUUGGUGCACGCUUGCUGCUUUCAUUGGGGCGCAUUGAUAUAAUUGCCUCCGUAUGAGUGUUCCUUUUUCACUCUGAGCACUGGGUAUUUUUUGCACACUUCUUGUCUACAUUAGCAUUUGCAUGUGCCUCUAUGAAAUGUUUACCCCCAGUGUGCCACAGCCGGCUGGAAAAUGUAUGCACAACAAUGCAUUUUGUAAAAGUAAUUUGAAAUAGUUCACUAUCAGUCUGGUAGGUAGCCUAGAUUGAAGGUGAAGCUGUAAUUUAGCAAUCUCUUUACUUAUGGAGAGGUGUCAUGUUGGUGGUAAAUGAAAAAUAUAGGUCAGAUUGAAAACAGAUGAUUUUUACUGCGGAUUUUUUUGUAAAACUGCACUCUUGUAGCAUGUAGGAAAGGUGUAGAAAAACAUUUUGAUUACUUCCCACUGCUCAGCAGAUGCUGUGAAUUUUAUUAGUUUUGAACUGAGCUCCUGUUUCAAUGAGAAAUUUACAUUUACCUGAAAAUAGACUUUGAACCAUGACAAAAAAAGCAGUUGGGAAGGGCUGAAAAUUUUCAUGACAAUUUAGUAAGAUUUUUGUGUUCUGGAUGAAUGUCUGAAAGCUUUAGAAUUUUGUUUACAAGUUGUAUAUAGCUGCAACAAACAAAGCAUAGCUUUUGGUGUUUACCUAUCAUCAACCAGUGCUAACAGGCCUAAGUACAUUUUAGAUCCAGUGCUGGUGGCUCUUGUCUCUCUGCACAAUUACUUUUAAUUGUCAGGAAGAUCCUCUGAAGUUUGCUGGAGAGAACUGAGGCAAUUUCUGUCUGGACAGUCUCACCAUUAAACACGUAUCAAUAUGGAUAAAAUUGUUGAAUACUUCUGCUUAUUAUUUAAUAUUGUACUAGUUUGUCUAGAAAAAGUAGAACUGAAUCUCAUUACUCCCUUUGAGUAAGAAGUAACAUCUUACCUAGGAAAAAAUGUGCAUUUUUAUUUGUCAAAAAGGUGGUUUUAUAUAAUUUUAUUUCACAACCCAAUUGUUCUCAAGAACUUGUUGAAUUAAAUGUGGUCUAUUUAGAAAAGCUUUAUUAUCUCUAGAGAGAGUUUAAUCCAACAAUACUAUUAAUUUGCUGGCACUUUUAACUGAGUUUGUUGUUUGCAUAUUGCAGUUCAUCUGCUUUACUUGUAACCAUCAAAUUCCACUAAAUUAAUAAACACAGCAUAAGACCUGUAACUUAAUGCUUCCCUGACAUGUAUUUGUGUCAGGCCGCCUAGAAAAUGUAAUUUGAUCAAGUCACAGUAAAAUUAAGUAUGUAUGACUUAGCUUUCUUUAGAAUUAAUUUAUAUUUUAUUUUUUCCUUUUCCUCUUUUUAUUUUUAUAAUGUGUUAAUUGCAGAUAAGAACACUUAUGUUGCUGGCUUAGUUCACACUAGCAGACCUGUGUGCUGUGAUACAGGCUAAUUACUGAGGAAGCCGUUUUACUUCUCCCCAAACCUGAGUGAUUUCUGCACUUCAGCUCGUGCUUGUUUCCUGCCGGGAGGUGCAGGUGCUGUUGGAAGGAGUGAAGUGACCACCAGAUGUCAGUGGUCCUCCAGGGCUCUGCUCCGCCGCCUCUGAGGCAGGAAAGCACUAGUUUUUACAAACAAAAAGUUUGUGAUCUCAGCAUAAGAGGGAUGUGAGCACCCCCAUCAGACUAGCAGUCUCUCAAGAGCUCUUGAAAGAACUGCUCUGGUCUACCACAGGUUGGUUCUCUGAUACCUGUCACUUACGCUUGUGUAGCUUCUACUCUGGGGGUAAAUAAGAGGCUAAAGUUGAAAUAAUAUUUCACCUGAAAAUGAAUGUUACCGAACAGCAAUUAAAGGUGUCAUCUGCAGGAAUGAACGAGUAAAACUUUCACAGCAGAAAAGUUGGGAUUCCUGGUUUGAUUCAUGUCUGUUAGUUCAAAUGUUUCAUAUGCCACUUAUUUUCACUGCCCUGAAGUACUCCAUACAACACUGGUUUCUGUACAGGUGGCAGCAAAAGGCUUAUCCAUGAUUAAAUUCCUCAAAAUAGGAUGAGAUUUAGAAGCACAUAUGCUGUAUUUGGCUCUUUGUGCAGGAUAGCUUUUGUGCUUGUAAAGUUUCUUUUCAGGCUGGCUUAUUUUGUUUGCUCUGGUAGCUCUGUAUACUCUUUCAGUUGGAUACACAAGCAGUCUUCUGGUUUUCAUUUCCUAUUUGCUCUCAUAUCAUGCAUCAGGUAUAUUUCAUAUCUUUAUGUGGGACCUGCACAAUAAACAUAGAUUCUAAGACCACUUUCUA